AUGACUAUGUCUCAGUUGCUGGAUUAUGUGGCAAUUUUCUUUUUCUGUGUCUUAAAAGCCAGCUCUCUGGAUACGUUUACUGCAGCUGUUUAUGAGCAUGCAGUGAUAUUGCCUAAUGCCACCCUGAUACCGGUGUCCCAUGAAGAGGCCUUGCUAUUAAUGAACCAAAAUCUGGAUCUUUUGGAAGGAGCAAUCACAUCAGCAUCAAAGCAGGGUGCACAUAUUAUUGUGACUCCAGAAGAUGGUAUUUACGGCUUUAACUUCAACAGGGAAUCUAUCUACCCAUACUUGGAGGAUAUCCCAGACCCUCAAGUGAACUGGAUCCCUUGUAAUAAUCCCGACAGAUUUGGCCACACCCCAGUGCAAAAAAGGCUCAGCUGUCUGGCCAAGGACAACUCCAUCUACAUCGUGGCAAACAUUGGGGACAAGAAGCCAUGCAAUACAAGUGACCCUCAGUGUCCCCCUGAUGGUCGUUACCAAUACAACACUGAUGUGGUGUUUGAUUCUGAGGGGAAACUGGUGGCCCGCUACCAUAAGCAAAAUCUAUUCUUGGGUGAAGAUCAGUUCAAUGCCCCCAAGGAACCUGAGGUCAUGACUUUCAACACCACCUUUGGAAAGUUUGGCAUAUUCACGUGCUUUGAUAUUCUCUUCCAUGAUCCUGCUGUGACUCUGGUGAAAGAUUUCCAUGUGGACACCAUACUCUUCCCGACAGCUUGGAUGAAUGUUUUGCCACAUUUGUCAGCUAUUGAAUUCCACUCAGCUUGGGCUAUGGGCAUGGGAGUCAACUUCCUUGCAUCCAAUCUACAUUACCCCUCAAAGAACAUGACAGGAAGUGGCAUCUACGCACCUGAUUCUUCAAGAAUAUUUCAUUAUGAUAUGAAGACAGAGGAGGGAAAACUCCUCCUCUCACAACUGGCCUCCCACCCACACCCCACAGCAGUAGUAAAUUGGACUUCUUAUGCGAGUGGUAUAGAAGCCCCCUCAAUGGGAAACCAGGAAUUUAAGGGCAUCAUCUUUUUUGAUGAAUUCACCUUCUUGGAGCUCAAAGACAUCACAGGAAAUUACACAGUUUGUCAGAAAGAUCUCUGCUGUCAUCUAAGUUACAAGAUGUCUGAGAAGAGAUCAGAUGAAGUUUAUGUACUAGGGGCAUUUGAUGGACUACAUACUGUGGAAGGGAGUUAUUAUUUACAGAUUUGUACUCUGUUGAAGUGUAAAACAACGGACUUACACACUUGUGGUGAUUCAGUUGAAACUGCUUCCACCAGGUUUGACAUGUUCUCCCUCAGUGGCACUUUUGAAACCCAGUAUGUCUUCCCUGAGGUGCUGCUGAGUGAAAUUCAGCUUGCACCUGGAGAAUUUCAGGUGUCAAGUGACGGACGCUUGUGCAGCCAGAAGCCACUAUCUGGACCUAUCUUGACAGUAACUCUGUUUGGAAGGUUAUAUGAGAAGGACAGUGCCCCAAAUGCUUUCUCAGACCUCACGGCACAGGCACUGAGAGUAAUGCUCAUAGUUGUCAUACCUAUUGUGUACUCAUUAGGCUGGUAG